GAUCCGAGUGACGUUUUCAUUGCACCGAACCCAAUAAAAUAAAAUAAAACCCACCUUUUGCCCUCACCAACCACAAACCUCCGUUACAGACUCAGUGCCUGAUCACAAUUCACAAGCACACACAACAACACACACAGAGACAUACGAGAGAGAGAAACACGAUGGCGUUGGCUCUUCGCAGACUCUCCUCUUCCCUCAAGAAGCCCAUCUUCGCUAAUGGCGGUUCCCUCCGUUUCAUGUCUUCUACGUCGGCCUCGGAGAGAUCUCGUUCCAGUUGGGUAAAACAACUCAAUGCACCUCUUGAAGAAAUCGAUCCGGAAAUCGCAGAUAUUAUCGAGCUCGAGAAAGCUAGGCAAUGGAAGGGAUUUGAGCUUAUACCGUCUGAGAACUUCACAUCUGCUUCGGUUAUGGAAGCUGUUGGUUCUGUUAUGACUAACAAGUAUAGUGAAGGUUACCCUGGUGCUAGAUACUAUGGAGGCAAUGAGUACAUUGACAUGGCUGAGUCAUUAUGUCAAAAACGCGCUCUUGAAGCUUUUCAGUUAGAUCCUUCCAAAUGGGGAGUCAAUGUGCAGUCUUUAUCAGGAUCGCCAGCUAACUUCCAAGUUUACACCGCACUUCUUAAACCUCAUGAAAGAAUCAUGGCACUUGACUUGCCUCAUGGUGGCCAUCUUUCUCAUGGUUAUCAGACUGACACGAAGAAAAUAUCUGCUGUCUCCAUCUUUUUCGAGACAAUGCCAUACAGAUUGGAUGAGAGCACUGGUUACAUUGACUAUGAUCAGCUCGAGAAAAGUGCCGUGCUUUUCAGACCUAAACUUAUUGUUGCGGGUGCAAGUGCUUAUGCUCGUCUGUAUGACUAUGCACGUAUUCGUAAGGUCUGUGACAAGCAAAAGGCGGUUAUGCUGGCUGAUAUGGCUCAUAUUAGUGGUUUGGUAGCUGCUGGUGUGAUACCUUCCCCUUUUGAGUAUGCAGAUGUUGUUACUACUACAACUCACAAAUCGCUUCGCGGUCCUAGAGGGGCUAUGAUAUUCUUUAGGAAGGGGUUGAAAGAGGUUAACAAACAAGGAAAAGAGAUCAUGUAUGACUAUGAGGACAAAAUUAACGCAGCUGUUUUUCCUGGACUGCAAGGUGGUCCACAUAAUCACACAAUCACAGGUCUAGCAGUUGCUCUGAAGCAGGUGAAAACACCUGAAUAUAAGGCCUACCAGGAUCAAGUUCUCCUUAAUUGUUCAAAGUUUGCAGAGACUUUGCUAUCAAAAGGAUAUGACUUAGUGUCUGGAGGCACUGACAAUCAUUUAGUUUUGGUGAACUUGAAAAAUAAGGGAAUAGAUGGAUCAAGAGUGGAAAAAGUAUUAGAAUCAGUACAUAUUGCAGCAAACAAGAAUACAGUUCCUGGUGAUGUUUCCGCCAUGGUUCCAGGUGGCAUCCGUAUGGGAACACCAGCUCUGACAUCUAGAGGAUUCAUUGAGGAAGAUUUUGCAAAAGUGGCCGAGUACUUUGAUUUAGCCGUCAAGAUAGCCUUGAAGAUCAAGGCAGAGUCUCAAGGAACAAAGCUGAAGGACUUUGUAGCAACAAUGCAGUCAAAUGAGAAGUUACAGUCAGAGAUGGCGAAGCUGCGUGAGAUGGUUGAAGAAUAUGCUAAACAGUUCCCAACAAUCGGGUUCGAGAAAGAGACAAUGAGAUACUACAAAGAGUAG